UUGAGCAACCUCUAGCCAUGAAUUCUAUAGCAAAAACAGAGAGAGGCUUCAAUUUUCUUCUCUCAAAUCUCAAUGUCUUUUGUUUUAUUGUUCGUUUUUGGCCACAAGAAGAAACAUGUUUUCCGUACUGUGUUAGAAGCUGGGGAAUCCUGCAGCGAAACGAUACCCGAUUCGGAUAACAUUCGCCCACGAUACAAUUUUCAGUCUUCCUUUUUCCUUAUCCUAGAGACAAAGAAGAUGCUCUUUCUAUGUCUUUUUUCUAGUUGGAAUUUUGACAACAUUACUGCAGCCCAAAAGAACCUCCCAACUCCUCUAUGCUCUGCUUCUGCCCAUGGAAAACCGACUUGACACCAAGAAAAGAAAAUCAGUUCAUUCCUCUUUCCCCAUCCUUUUCCUUUACAUCAAACAAAACCACCAAAAGCUAUACCCUUUAGGGGUUUGAAACACUUGUUCUUCACCAAAGUUGAUUGCUUUUUUGUUUUUACCUCAGUUUUUCAAGUGGUUACCUGCAACUGUGAAUAUGCAUCGCCGUCUGCUUGAGACAGAAGUGAGCUUGCCUCCAGCAAAAAGAAACAAAACUCAUGAUUCUUACACUAGCCAGACAAAUUUUGACACCAACAUGGUGAUUAUAUUGGCAGCCCUUUUAUGUGCUCUGAUCUUUGCGCUGGGAUUGAACUCAAUAGUGCGUUGCGCUCUGUGUUGCAGCCGCAGGUUUGCCCUGGAUACUCCAGAACAAGCAGCAGCUCGCCUUGCCGCAACAGGCCUCAAAAAACGAGAUUUAAAACAAAUUCCUGUAGCUGUUUAUAGGACAGGCGUGAGUUUUCCAUCCAUUGAGUGCCCGAUUUGCCUUGGAAAGUUUCUGGAUGGAGAAAAGGUUAGAAUGCUGCUAAAAUGUAACCAUGGAUUUCAUGUCAGGUGCAUAGACACAUGGCUGGUAUCACACCCAUCCUGCCCGAAUUUUCGUCAUUCAUUACUGGAACAUGAUACAGUAAACGCCGAGACAAUCCGGGAAGUCUCUGCCCGGCGACAACCAGAAAAUGGAUUAGGUGAUGAUCAGCAUAAGAGCGUUGUUGUAGUUGUUCGAGAGGGAAGUUAAUACAAAUUGAGCAUC